UUAUUUUGUUAUACUGACCUGAAUCCGUGCGUAAAACGUCGCUCAGACGUUUGAAAGCUGUCAGUCGUGCACGUUACAAUCUCUUUUGAAUUGUCACGAGUACACUGUAUUAACAUGGAGGGAUUGGUGCAAAAUAUAAUCUCAGACACGAGCUACGAAUUUUCAAAGAACAUUGCCGCCUUUCAGGAAACUUAUGGAAGUAGAGUUGUAUUCAGUGAACUAAACAACGAUGACCUACGGGAGAAACUGUGGCAGAGAUUGUUUGAAUGUCUCUCAGACAAUUUACAGUCGUCACUCCAUCACAGUUGUUUAUCUGUUUUGCGUAUACUUAGCAGAGACAAAACAAAGUUAAACGAAUUAAUCACAGACGAAAGACUAGGUAUUAUAAUAGAUAAGGCAGCUUUAAAAAACAUGGAUGCAAAAGAGCAUACUUAUACCAAUGUUACCAUCGAGGCGCUUAAAUUACUAUUCAAUUUAAUAUUCAAUAGUACAAACGUGCAAGAAAUAUUACUAAAAACAUCUUGUUUGCAAUGCCUAAUUGAACGUAUCAAAAACUACAGCGACGACAUUCCAUAUGAAAUAAUGUUGUUCGAUACCAGAAUUGUAUUUCUCAUUACUGCUUUAAAUAUUGCCACAAGGCAAAUUAUUAAAACAGAAUUAAACGGAGAUAAAUGUCUGGUAAAACUACUGGAGAAUAUAACAAGUCGAGAAGAGAAAUCUCACAUUAUCAAGGAGGGUAAUGUGAUAUUGCUGUGUGAAAUGUUAAAGGCAUUAUUUAAUUUGUACAUGAAUUCAGAUAAUACGACAGAAGAUGUGAAAAACGAUUUAGUUUUAACUUUGAGAAGGUUGUUGUUAUCUAAAUGUGAGAAAGAAGAUGAUUUUCAUAGCAAUAUUGCAAAUUUACUAAUGGUAAUGCCAUAUGAUUGUUAUUCAGUAAUGAUACCCCUUAGCAAAGAGAAACACAAACAAAUAUAUCAAAAUAAGGACAUGAGUGCAAUAUAUGUUUUAUUAAAAUUUUUAGACAGAAGACUAGAUAACAAAAAUGAUUUAAUAGGAAAUCUUGCUCCAGUUGUUACUACACUUAUCAGAAUGGUUAAAGCUGAGAGGUUGAUCAGAAAAUAUACUAGGUUACAGAUUUUACCACCGUUAAGGGAUGUGAUGCACCGUCCAGAAGAAGGAACUACUUUAAGGGCGAAACUGUGCAAAUUAUUGACUUCUCCUGUGGUAGAGGUACGAGAUCUCGUUGCAGAAUUUUUAUUCAUACUGUGCAAAGAGAACGUUGCUCGUAUGGUGAAGUAUACUGGAUAUGGGAAUGCUGCUGGUAUGUUUGCAAAUAAAGGAUUAUUGGGAUCAAGUAGAAAAAAGCUAACAUACUCUUCUGAAUCAGAAGAUAGCGAAACUGAGGAAUAUUUGAAACAUAAAGAACAGAUUAAUCCGGUAACUGGUUGCUUCGAGCAUCCAAAACCUAAUCCUUUGGAAGGUAUGUCGGAAGAACAGAAAGAGUAUGAAGCUUUACAACUUGUUGGUCUUGUUGAUAAAUUAACGAGAGAAGGUGUGGUGCAUCCUUGUAGGAUCGGGGAUGAUGGAAGACCGAAACCGAUCGAACACGUCUUGGAAUUGCAAGAGGAACUGCCAAAGCAACAAUAUACCCGACAGGACUCUGAUUCAGAUUGAAUGCCGAGUUAUUUGUAUAUAAAACUGUACGAAAAAUUUGCACUCAUCGUCGGCCGGAGUCUUUGCAAUCCAGAACAUCCAAUUUGACGAAAGCUGAAACGUCGCUUUAAAUCGAUUUAAGUACAAAGAGAACGAUGAUAAAAUUGGUUUGCUUACUUUAUUGAAAAAAGAACAAAGAACAACAUUACAAAUUAAACAAUUGGCAGGAAAUAAAAAAUAUAACAGUUUCCAAAAUCACAUGAAAUAUUUUAAACAUUACAAUUUUGGUAAAUUAUGUUAUGUGCUUUCGUGAGCAUCACAAUAUAUUUAUUAUUGCAUUUUGCAGCCUAUACGCAGACAAAAACGUAUAUUUCCUACAUGUUUCGAAGAACUGCGUUAGUUUGAGUAACUCUUUCUUUUUCUUUUUUUUUUUUUCCUUGGAAACGUGCUCUGCGCGGGGCGUAACAAUGUUGGGUGAAUUGACAAAGAUAAGUGGCGAGAGAAUAGUCUUAUAUCUUCGUUUUUUUUAUUUUUUUAUUUUUUUCUAAAUAACCACAUGUCCAUGCGAUUUCAAAAAGGAACAAAAAGGUGUCUCAGAGCAAUAUAAUUAUGCAAAAUAUCAUAGUAAAAGAGCCCUGGAAAAAAUAUUCAGAGCUGCAGCGUCAAACGAUCUGUUCUCCCUUCCUCCCAAGUUCUGUCCGUCCCGCGAGAAUACCUUUCCGAACA